AGAAACCGGAACCAAACACAGGGAGUGAACACAGAAACAAUGGGGAACUAAGAAUUUAUUUCAACAUAAAAGUCCUACCAAACACAAGACAGUACAGGGAUUGUGACAACAACACUCACUUAUUUGGCUGAUUUGGUUUGGGCUUUUAGGGAGGAAUGAAAGUGCACCGCUGUGAAUGAAGGGAAGGUGCAUGGGACAGAAUGCAGCAGCGGCACAAUAAUAGGUUUGCAUCGAUUAUCUUGUUUUCAUAAUCGUUGGAAAAUUGGAAAUCAAUUCCGAUUAAUCACACAGCCCUAACUCCUACGCAUAUAAAUAUCAAGAAUUAAAUGCUGAAAUUCUAAACUCUCUUCCAUUAUGCAUAUUUUUGAUCUCAAAACUAAAUAUAAUAGCUAUAUGAUGACUCGACUUAACUGUUCCAAUAGUUGCAUCCUCGGGGGUCUUAUUUUAAGGCUGCAUACAUCAUUGAGAUGAUCUCAUUUAAGAAAAGUAACCCUUAGAUUGCAAAUUAAGAAGUUACAAUAUUUGACACCUCACUAAAAAUAACAAUACAUUUUUAUUAAGUUUUCUUUUCUUAAAUAAGACAUCUUGAUGACAUAAUCAGCCUUCAAAUGCGACCUCUGGAAGACGCAGCAUACAGUACAUAUCGCUUUCUGCCCCUGGUCUCUGUGUGUUGUGGUGAAAUGGAUUACCUUAAUGGCAAUUCAUGGACGAGGAGGAGAAGAAUCAAAGUCAGAGUGCAGCAGCAUUUAAUGAUUAUUGCAAUGGAGGUUAUGGAGCAGGCAGAUCAGGCUGUGGACCAGGCAGUGCAAAAUAUUGAGGACAAUGCUGAUGAAACUGUAAAUCUGGAUUUUGAUGUUGAUACUGAAGUUUAUGACUUGUACAUGGCAAGUGAUCCUGAUGAAGAUUCUUGCGCUGAUAAUCCUGAAGAGGAACCCCAUAGUGAUGCAAAAAGGAAACUGGCUGAAUGGGCAGCUAACCGAAAUGUAUCUCAUUUUGCACUUUCAGAACUAUUAGGUAUACUUUUGGAGCUAGGUUUAGAUUUACCAAAGGAUCCCAGAACUCUCAUCAGUACAGUGAAAGAAUGUGAUGUUAAAGAGAUGGGUCAGGGUAGCUACUAUCAUUUUGGCCUUACAAGUGCAAUAAUUUUAGAAUUUAAAAUUACAAGCGAGAGUGAACUGACAACAGAUACAUUGACUGUUCAUGUGAAUGUUGAUGGAUUACCUCUUUCUAGGAGCUCUAAUAUGCAGUUGUGGCCUAUAUUAGGUCAAAUAGUUGAAUUACCAAAAGCAAAUGUGUUUAUAAUUGGUGUAUAUGCAGGUCCCUGUAAACCUGAAUCAGUAAACGACAACAUGCAUGAUUUUAUAGAAGAUUUAAAAGUUGUCACAAGAGUUGGUGUAACUUUUAAUGGUAAACACUACAAUGUACCACUGCCAGAUGCGUUUAUCUGUGACACUCCAGCAAGAGCCUUUUUAAAAUGUCAAAGGUCAUGGUGGCUACAGUUCUUGUGAGCGUUGCACGCAGUAUGGCAUUUAUCUUGAUGGUAAAGUUGUGUUUCCUGACAUGGAUUCAAGCCUAAGAACAGACAGUCAGUUUGAUCAAAUGUUUGAUGAAGAGCACGACCACUCUAAAUCACCUCUCCAGGGCCUAGGCAUUGGCAUGGUUUCCAGUUUUCCUUUGGACUAUAUGCAUUUAGUUUGCUUGGGCAUUGUCCGUAAAUUAAUUGCUCUGUGGUUCAAGGGACCAUUGCCGUGUCGGGUUCCGUCUUCUACUCUAUCUGCUAUCUCUGAUCACUUGAAACUGUGUAGACCAAGCUUACCUCGAAGCUUCUCCAGAAAGCCACGUUCUUUCACUGAGUACAGCCAAUGGAAGGCUACAGAAUUCAGGCAGUUUUUAUUAUAUACAGGACCUGUUGUGCUUUUUCAAAGAUUACCACGUCAACAGUACAAAAACUUUCUUGUAUUGUCAUCUGCUAUGAGAAUACUUUUGUCUCCUAUGUGUAGAGAAUUCUAUGGGUAUGCCCAAAAAUUAUUAAGAUGUUUUGUUACCAACUUUGAGAAGAUAUAUGGGACAAAAUAUCUGGUUAACAAUACACACAGUCUUUUACAUUUAGCAGAUGAUGCUAAAAAGUAUGGCCCUCUGGAUUCAGUUUCAUGUUUUCCAUUUGAGAAUUAUUUGGGACAGUUGAAAAAAAUGGUGAGAAGACCACAGAAUCCUGUGCAACAAAUUGUCAGGCGUGUUUAUGAAAGGCAAUUAUUUGCUCACAUGUCCGAAGAAAUGCCUGAAAAUGUUAAACUGACACUGCCUCAUGAAUUUGGACCAAUGCUGACAGAAUUUCCGCUGCAUCAGUAUGUUCAAUACAAAAUGUUUAAACACAAAAACACAAUGAUCUCAAGCUCCAUUGGUACCAAUUGUUUUGAACUUGAGGGAAGAGUUGGAAUUGUGCGGAACAUUGUGCAUUCCACUGUGACUGGAGGAACACAUGUGGUGUAUGAACUUUUUCAGACAGGGACAUGUUUUUUCAACUACCCCUUUGAUUCUACAUCACUUGGAGUCUGUCUGCUAUCAAAACUGUCUGGUCAGCUUUCCAGUGCUCCAGUGCUCCAGUGACAGACUUCACUAAACCGCUGCUUUUAUUGCCUCUUAAUCAUAUGUUUGUGGCUUUGCCUCAGCUACACAGUACAUGAUAUAUUGAACUCUGCAGGGUGUCCUCGUUCAGUGUUGUGGAGUUUGUGGAUGAAGUUGACUCCGAUGGCUGCAAGAAAAUUGACAUAAUUCCAUUCGAGUGGUUCAAGGGCACAGAGAGAAAAGUAUGCUGGUGGCCACCAGUCUCACUAUCCAAUGUAACGAAGGCUGUAAAAAAGCACACACCACCAGCCAGCAACUGGAUAGCGUGUAACGUGCGUGUAAUGGGAAAUGCAGCAUCUUAUGCCGAAGCUAGGGUUAAACUCCACCAAGCUGAGUAUUCAUCAGACUUGACAGACACAGAAAAUAUCUCAAGAAAAAAAAAGUAGGUGCCAAAAAUCCUCCAGAGUCAACUGAGCACCCAACUGCAAUCAAGUGAGAAUUCAGAUUCUUCAGAGGAGCUUCCACCCACUCCACCAAACCAACUCCUUUGGCCAGCAGUGAGAGAAGUGAGCAAUUACUUCCAAAACCCCACUGCCUAACAAGGCACCAGCCCCACAGCUACAAUUACCAGCCCGAGGAGUUGCCAGCUCCCCAGCUACAAUUACCAGCCCGACGGCCCGAGGAGUGUCCAGGCCCACAGCCCGAGGAGUUGCCAGCUCCCCAGCUACAGUUACCAGCCCGACGACCCGAGGAGUGUCCAGCCCCACAGCACGAGGAGUUGCCAGCCCAACUUGUGAAGCCAUGUUCACUAAAAUUCUAACAGUUUUAGAAGAAGUGAAGGAGACACAACGUGUUCAUGGAAAGAUGUUGAAUGCACUGCUGAAAAAGCAAGACUGGUAGAGGUUCCUGAAGGAGUGGUCUUACCUCUGAAAACCCAGGCUGACCUUGAGGCUCUUGAUCAGAAGCUGGGGGAUCGUAGUGUCAUGUCUGCUGUUGUUGCCAAGGUGGCAGAUGUGGGCGGUGCAAGUAUAGAUGACGCAACGAGAAGAAUGAUGAAAUACGUCUUUUCAAAUGAGCUAGCAUUGGAGUACAAUUUGUUUGGCCGUCAUGGGAAAAAAAGUUUAAAGAUUUGCGUAUUUUCAACGUUGUGUAUGAGGCUCUUAAGAACAACCCCCUGACAUCAAAGGUCAACCAGCAAGAAGCUGAGAGGGCACUAUCAAAAUGGUUUACUGGAGCAAGAGACAGAGGAGCACAAAGGGCAUCAAGAAUGCACCAAAAGAUGGCUGCAGUUUAAAUUUGACUAAAAAGGUUAUAAGGUUAUAAGUUGCUGCAUCUAGCUGUUGUAGUUCUUGUAUUUUUUUCUGACGAUCGUGUUCUCAAAUUUGGUGGGUUGGCAGCUUUCCCAAACACUCAUGGCUGGUUCUAAAAUAGUUUUGUGCCAUUGUGACAUAAACAUGACAUGAUGGUUAGUUAAAUAAAGCUGGAUUUUGAACAUA